AUGCAUUUUCACAUUCUGGUUAUCGGWAAAUGUAAGAAGACGCAACAAGUGAUGAAAAAGGACGAGGACAAAGGAAAACAAAUUCAUCGAACUAAUCAAGGUAAUGAGACCACCAACCAUGUAGCUCAACAUAAACCAAUUGGCAAGAUUUUUCUGAUAAAUAAAUCUAAACCAAAGGAGGAAAAAGUGAUGGAUGAUAAAGCUAAUCAGAAUGCCAAUACGAAAGAAAUCAGUAAGGCGCAAGACAAAAACGAGAUGGAAGCCAAUGACCUAAGCUUGCCAAUCAAAUUCGCUCAUUCCAACAAGUUUAAAUUACCGACUGUACCAACGUCACCCAGUCAAACCGACCGGUCAAGUGAGGAAUCAGAGUUGGGAUACAAUGGUGAUUUGUACGAUGUGUUUAAAAAGCGGUUAAAUCAAGUCUUUCGAGAAUUGUACAACAAUGUUAACACGCCGGCGGUUACUCAGCCUCCACCGCAGGUCGAAAUUGAAAAUGACAAACCGAAGAAGAGGUCUGCAGUAAGUAAUUGUCUUUACGAGGAAUUCAAACGGCGUCUGGACAAAUUCAAUAAUGAAUUUAUGGAACCAACUAAAGCAAUUAAGCGUACAAGCGGGAACGUAGUUUGCACCCAUCAUGACGAUGGCAGAACACGUACACCAGUGACAGAAAACUUAUAUGRUGAAUACAAAAAACGUCUCGAUAACCUCGGGGAUGAUCUGCGACUGGAUGGCGAAAAAGUCUUUAAGCGAGGUGAAUAUGGUUCUUCCGGUUUGCCAGCUGUUACAACGCCCAAACGAGAGACAAUACAAAAAAAAAUUGAUUCUGACAAAGCUGUCGAGCGGAGUUUUUAUGACGAAUAUAAGAAAAAGUUAGAUGAGCUGACUCGGGAAUUGUACAAGAAGAGCAAUGAGCGGAUCUGUCGCACAUAUGGAGAACUUAGKGAAUACGAUCUUACGUCACCAACGUUGCAGAGAUUAGUGGCGGCGGUGMAGGCGGAAGACGCGAAAAUAAUGUCUGGGAGUUUCGAAGGAUCAACUACUCUAUUGAAGAUUGACAAAGCCAUUGACAAUAUAGGCAAGGAGGAGAACAAACGCAGUCUGGGUGCUACCGAAUUAGGUGCGACGAUCUUCGGUGCUGAUACAUUAAACUUCAUGACAGGCACGACAAGUGGUGUCGGCACAGCAGCCGGUGCUUCUUAUCCAGCUGUGCUAACUAAAUCUGUAGACACAAAUUUGGGACUUCUGAGUAAUACAGCGCCCAAAAAUCUGCUGGCGACGGUCGCUUCAAAAAUGAAUAUGACGACACUAGAGUUGGCUAAAAAGUUGGCGGCCAUGUCCAAUCCAUUGGAUUAUGUKGCGAAAAAAGACCCGCAAUUGGGGGAAGAAAUGCAAAAAUUCAUAGACUUGAGCGUUAAUAAGUUAAACCAAACCCCGAUAAGAAAGAAAGCUCCACUAAACGAGGUUUCUGUGGUCUCAGGCUUACCUCUAGUGGGACUCGACCAAUCCGGGGUGCCAGCACCAUUAAUGACUCAGGAUAAUCCAGUCGGUGGAAUCCCUGCACUUGCAGCCAGUAUAGCUCCCGCUUCCGGUCCAACCACGGUAAAUUCAGCGUCUCCCUCUGCAAUUACACCUACUGUGGCACCCCCGCAAGCUGAAGAUCAGUUGCCCGUCAAGGCAGUUGGGAAAUCUUCAACUUCAUACCAAUCCAGUGACGUCGAGGCUGCCCGCAUAGCUGGUGUACUUGACAAGGUUCUAAGCAAACUGGAAUAUAUCCAAUCUUGUAAAGCGCCACCCCCAGAACCAAUAGAUGAUAGCUGCGAACCAGAUGGUAUGCCAUGUGAUGUUGUUGGCUCUUGGAACUCCUACCAAAUGGGUUUACGUUUCGAUAUUACUUUGACGCGUGCGGCAGACCGGCGAUUAGGCACAGCUGAGAAGAACAAUAAACUCYUAACCGUGGAUGUAGGCGAACGCAUCCCACCGCAUGCUCAUCAUAUUAUUGAAACUAGUUGGAAGUUUAUGGGCAGCGCACUAAACCAACAAGGUGGCCCCUUUUAUCUUUACUCGCAAAAUCGCGAACUGAGUACAGUGGCCACUUUCAUAGGUUAUUGUCGUGUCUGUGGGGGAAUUGAUACAAUUUUUGGGUCCUGGACAAUUAUGGGCCCCUCAAAAGACUGUGAAGACAUUACAACAGCACUAGAGAAUAGGUGUGACAUUUUUAGACGUUAUAAUAUGGAAAACAAACGAAAUCAGCAUUUCAAAGACAUGCUUUUCGAAAAGAGCAAAUAUUCCAAAGCAGACUGCAAUGUCCCCAAAAAAGGAUGAUCACCUUUCCAACCAUCUUUUAUUUUAUUUUCCCCUUUCUGCGUUCGCGUUAUUCCUUAACAAAUGAUUCAACUACAACGUUAUAUUUUUCCGGUAGUUUCAAUUACGAAUACAAACAUCAAGACAUUUCGAAAAUAAAUAAAAAGGACACACACAA